UUUUGUAUAAAUUCUUUUCAGCCAAAUAUAUACGAUACUACUGUGCCUUAAGUGAAUCUAGUCUAGACUGCUGGUCUUCCAUAGAACGUGUAGAGAAUUAGGUGUCGCAAUAAAGGGCCCAUCGCUUAAAAACGCGCUUGAGUGAAACGUGUUUUGUUCAGGGAAAAACACAAGUAUCAACGGAAGUAAGAUGUUUGUACAGAUCGCUCUGAUCCUGUUUGUAUUGUUUAUAUUUUACAUUGGAUUUGAAUGGAGAGGUAAAAAACUUAUCUACAUUGAAGGGCAAGGAGUAUUCAUCACAGGCUGUGAUACAGGAUUUGGACACGAGGUUGUGAAACGACUUGAUAAGUUAGGGUUUACUGUGUUUGCUGGUUGUCUUAAUCCCGAUGGUGAGGGAGCCACGGCACUGAAAACUAGCUGCUCAGAAAACGUCCAUAUUGUUAAGAUAGAUGUCACAAAACCAGACGACAUCCGCCGGGCACGUGCUUAUGUGGAAAAAGUACAUGAAGAGACCGGAUGUGGACUAUGGGGGAUUGUAAACAAUGCUGGAAUAGAUCUGUAUGGCGAUGUGGAGUUGCUGACCAUGGAUUUAUACAGACGAGUAAUGGACGUAAACCUCUUUGGAAUGAUUAACGUCACCAAGAUAUUCUUACCUUUGAUAAGAAAAUCUAAAGGUAGAGUCGUAAAUGUGACAAGCGUAAAAGGAAGGAUUUACUUCCCUUGUAUAUCGGCUUACGGAGUUACCAAACAUGGUAUUGAGACGUUUUCGGAUUGUCUUCGUGUUGAGAUGGCUAGGUUUGGAGUAAAGGUGUCUCUUAUUGAACCUGGGAAUUUUAGCACGUGCACUGCCAUAGUGAAGGGAGAUAAUUACAAACGUCUACUGAGGGACCGAGAUGCAAUGUGGGAAGCAGCUGAUCCGGAAGUGAAAGAAACAUACGGUAAAGAUUAUUUCUUUGCACAAUAUGAGAGACUUGCCCAUUUAACGUCUUCAUAUCCAGACUGUGACCCAGUAUCGGACGCAAUAGCAGAUGCUUUAGCAAAUGAGAAUCCGGCUGCCAGAUAUCUAGUAGCUGGGGGAUCUGGUCUCUACGAUGAAUGUAUGCUGGCGAGAAUAAUCAAUUUCGUUCCGACAUGUGUUAUGGACUACCUAUGUACGAGAUGGGCUCUAAAAGGUUUACCAAAGAUCAAAACGCUACAAUUAAAAGGAAGCUAAGAUGAUAAUUAAAUUUAAAUGGAUUGCUUCGAAUGGUGUACUUGCAUAAUAUAGAAAAUGGGAAUUGAAAUAGUAAUAAAAUCAGGGGUGUGCAAUUACCAUCGCCCGACGCCCGGGGCUACCAAUUUUAGAGGUCGGGCUAUCAUAAAUCUAUACUGCAUUAGCCCGUCGGGCUAGUAAAUCUAAAACGAAAGUAUACACAUAUUUACAUCGACUGAAUUGAUGUACGAAUUAACUUUGUUGUAAAAUCAUAAUCUUUAAUUCGUUUUAACCUAUAUAUAUAUAUUGUGUUGCUAUCGCCAGUCGUUUCAGUGACAGUUAUAGUCGAAGUACCUGACAAUAACAAAGCGCA